AAUGCAGUGAGCAAAUUUAACCCUACAAAAUCAGAUACAUGGAUUACUAUACACCAGAUAAACUUUAAAAAAAAAUGGAAAUGGAAGCCAGCACUUUCCAUCACUCAAUGUGAUACUGUUCUCUUGUUUCUCCUUUUUCGGAAAAGGAAAAUCAGAAGUAUUGGAGAGUGGUUGUGGAAACCUCCGCCAGAAUCUCCCCAGCUGUGUUUAUUUGGAAAUGUCUCUCCUAAUACAUCUAAACAAUGUGGACUUGUGAUUGCAGACUUUGCUGGCACUUCAGCAACUGUUCUCUGCCGCUGGGAGUGUCAGACAAAGCCUGUUUUUGCUGAAUGGUUAAAUCUCUGCUCACAAGGACUAAUGAAUACAAAUGGAAAUUCCAUGAAGCUUGGACUCUCUAUCUCUAUCUCUCUUUCAGACAAAGAAAUAUAAUUGGGUGCAAUGUUGUUUUAAUGGUAAAAAUGUGCUCCUCCAUUUUUGCUGUAUUUAUGUUGUAUCUUAUUUGUAUUUUGUAUGUCCUGGUACGUGGUAUGUCAUUGUGCUGGUGUCUGUUACUCUGUGACUCCAUUAGUCUGUGACUUUGUGACUCUGUUAUUCUGACUCUCUUACUCUGUGGCUCUGUUGCUUUGUUACUCUGACUCAGUGUCUCUGUCUGUGACUCCCUUUCUCACUCCGUCACUCUGACUCUGUUAUUAUGUGACUCUGUGACUCUGUCAACACAUUCUUGUGAAAUGAUAAAUCAAGAACCAUACACAGUGGAAACUGUACUCACUAUGGGCAUGCAAACGUGUUCUUUUGCCAUUUGUUUGUCUUAUUCUAACUGUAUUAUCUGCAUUUCUGUGCCCAGUUUGCCUCUGUGUGUUUAACUGUUCUGUCACCAAUUAUUCUGCUUAUCAUCCUCUGCUACAUUUAUGUGUUGGUAAAGUUAAUAAAAGAAGAAAAAAGUGAAUAAUAGGGACUAGUAGGGAAGUUAUACAGUCACAAAAAGUGGCACUGAAAAGCUUAGUCACAAACUGUCAAACUCAAGGGUGUUGUUUUUGUGCUGGUGACUGCAUUUUUUCCUCUAUGGGUCUAAUCUCUUAACACUCACAUAGAAUGUUGUUAGCAGCUUCAUAUAUUAUCCUGUACACAAAUGAUCCCCUAAAUAACGUGUGUUAUUGUGGGAUUUACUGUCCGUUGAAAGACGAAAGCGCCACCAUCCAAGAUGAUUCAUCAGGGUAGAAUACGGAAAUGAGAUGGGCAGAUCCAGUUUAUUAUUUUUCACCCCAUGAAUCAUCAAUGUUGGAAAAGUGGAUUUCCUCGGAAGCCUUUAUUUUCCUGAUGGCGAGAAAAAAAGGACGAUGAGGACUUUUCUUUAUAUCUUGCUUUGACAUUCAUUUUCAGCUUUGUAAUUGUUAUAUAACUCCAGCAGCUGUCCCAUCCCUCGAUCGACGUUCAGUUUCAGUUUGAGGAAUGCUGCUCCUGACUUGCUGCCAUGCAGGUCUCCGUACAUGCGUAGUAGUACCCGCACAUUGUUUGCAGUGUACUCGAAGAGUUGCAGAGUCAUGUCGGUGCAGGAAUUCCUCCCCUCCACCACCAACACCACCACUGUCACCGCCACCGCCGCCGCAAACACAGCAGCGUUUGGACAUCCGCCAGCCGCGACGCGAAGCAGCAGCAGCAGCAGCAGUGACUCUCACGGCUCCGCGCAUUUCUCCUUUAAACGUGGAGGACGACAGAUCCGCUGAGUUUCCCUCUGACAGAAACGCUUCAGCCAGCGACCGAGGGAAGACUUUCUAUGGGUGGACAACUCUUGCGCAAACCUCCCCUCCCUCCCUCCCUCCCUCGAGUGAUUUCAGUGAUACAGAGCGGCCAUGGAGUCGUGUGGUGUGGAAGUUUAACAGCUGUCGUUGAGGUGUUUCUUAAGGUUAAGCAUCGCAACACACCAGGAUACAUCUGAUUUUGCAGUUAUGCACACAUUUGCCAGCCGCCUCUCCUUCCCCCGUGGAACCAAAUUGCAGAGGACUCUCUGAAAUGUCAGAAUGGAUUACUUUCAAAACUCUGAAACCUGUAAAAUCUGGACCCACAGCAACUUAAUUAUCAUGGUUUGACUCGUGCUUUGGGAACUGUCUGAUCCUGACACAAAUGCUGUCAGUCAUGUUGGAGCCAGGAUCUGUGGAUGAGGGAGUAUUAUGUGGUUCACCAUCAGUCUGCAAGUUUGUUUAUCCGUCGUAUUUGUGCAGAGAAACAUAUGACCUCAACGUAUUUUAUGCAGCGACUGGGGUUUCCUGUGGACCACUUGCUCUGCCUGCUGGCUGUUGCUGGGAUCACCAAAUGGAUAGUACCAUUACACUGUGUUAAAUUUGCAGAAAAAUGGAGAAACUAAAGACAUUUGCUCACUGGGGACUUCACAUUAAUGAAUUAAAGACUAAAAGAAUUACCUCUGUCCAAAGUUUGACCCCAGUGGGAUAAGAACUCAAACCUUUUAACUGUAGAAGACUUUAAGACUGAAAAGGUAAUAGCUCAAAUAAAUCCAGAGAACCACUCUUCCUCUCUCUCACAAUGCAUUGCCCUAUGAGGAAGAGACGUCCCACGCGUGAUUCUGAUUUCUCAGCUAUUGUAGUUCCCUCCAUGCAUGGGUCAGGGUACCUUGACUACACAGUUGAGACCCACGCCUCCAGAUCGCUGAAGGUCAUGGACGAGUUCAGACGGCAGGAGAUGUUGUGUGACCUGGUGCUGCAUGUCACAUACAAGGAGAAAACAGUGGACUUCAAGGUGCACAGGGUGGUCCUGGCCUCCUGUAGCCCCUACUUCAGAGCCAUGUUCACCAGCAGCUUCAAAGAGUGUCGCGCCUCAGAGAUCACCUUGCGAGAUGUUUGCCCCCAGGUGGUGGGAAGGCUCAUUGACUUUGCCUACACCUCCCACAUCACAGUGGGAGAGAAAUGUGUGUUGCACGUUCUUUUGGCUGCUAUGAGGUAUCAGAUAGAGGAUGUGGCAAAGGCAUGCUGCGAUUUCCUUGUUAAACAUCUAGAGCCAGCUAAUGUCAUUGGCAUCGCUCGCUUUGCUGAGGAGAUUGGCUGCACAGAGCUGCACCAAAAAAGCAGAGAGUAUAUCAAUACACACUUCAAUGAGGUGACUAAAGAAGAUGAGUUCUUCAGCCUCACUCACUGUCAACUGCUGGAGCUCAUCAGUCAGGACAGUCUCAAGGUGCUCUGUGAGUCUGAGGUGUAUAAGGCCUGUACAGACUGGGUCGGCUGGGACAUGGAGGGUAGAGCCCAGUACCUACAUGCCCUCCUGAAUGCAGUUCAUAUCUACGCUCUGCCUCCUAAGUUCCUGAAGAACCAGCUCCUGUCCUGCCCCAUCCUCAGUAAGGCUAAUUCCUGCAAGGACUUCCUCUCUAAAAUCUUCCAGGACAUGACACUGAGGAAGCUGCCUCCUGGACCGAACCGUGGAACUCAGCUCAUCUAUGUGGCUGGAGGAUACCGGCAGCAUUCACUUGCCUCCAUGGAGGCUUAUGAUCCCAGGAGAAAUGUCUGGCUAAGGCUGGCUGACAUGGGCACUCCAUGCAGCGGUCUGGGAGCCUGCGCGCUGUUUGGACUGCUCUACACUGUUGGGGGCAGGAAUUUGUCGCUUCAAAACAACACGGAAUCCAGCGCCCUGUACUGCUAUAACCCGAUGACCAACCAGUGGAGCCAGAGAGCCUCCCUCAACAUCCCCAGGAACAGGGUCGGGGUGGGCGUGGUGGACGGCUGCAUCUACGCCGUCGGAGGUUCCCAGGGCUCGACACAUCACAACACGGUGGAGAGGUGGGAUCCAGAGUCUAAUCGCUGGUCCUUUGUUUGCCCAAUGUCGGUGGCUCGUCUGGGGGCUGGCGUGGCGGCGUGUGGGGGGGCUCUGUACGUGGCGGGGGGAUAUGACGGACAGAACCGCUGGAGCACCGCUGAGAAAUACCAGCCUGACACUAACACCUGGCAACAGCUGGCUCCCAUGAGCACCAUACGCAGCGGGCUGGGGUUGGUGUGUGUGAACUUCUACCUGUACGCUGUAGGGGGGUAUGAUGGGAGAAACCAGCUGUCCUCUGUGGAGCGAUACAACAUAGCCAGGAAUGUCUGGGAGCCCAGGGCCUCCAUGCAGUACUGCCGCAGUGCGCAUGGAGUGACGGUCUACCAGAGACGAAUCUUUGUCUUCGGAGGGUUUAACCAGCACGGCUUCCUGCCCAGCGUCGAGUGUUACUGUCCGGACAGAAACGAAUGGACAUGCAUCACCGAGAUGCCUGUUGGACGGAGCGGCAUGGGCGUCGCCGUUACCAUGGAGCCCUGCCCUGGCAGCCUGCCGGAACCAGAGGAGGAUGAGGACAGAGCCACGUAGGAUUGAGGACAGGGACCUGCCUAGGGUCCCAAGGGUUGAGUACAGUCCCAAGUGGUGCUGCUUUUCAAAGAGAGGGUUAAGUGCAUUAAAUUAAAAAACAUUCCAAUAUGAAAACUCCCACUUGAAGUGCACCAUGGGAUACUGCUGGUGUAGUCUGAAUGGAAACAUUGAGGAGGAACUAUAUCUCUACAUCUGCUGGGGAACAAGUGAUAUAGAAAAACUGGUGGCAUGACAGUGACCCCACAAUAAUAAGGUGCUACGGAUAUAAUCUCAAAUAAUAGUACUAUUUAAUUGAAUAUUGUUAUUCCUUCGCUGUUUUUAAUCUCAUUAGUGUUCAAUUUCAUUUGUAGAUUGGCAAAGUGAACUUUCAACGGCCUCCAGUGUCCUUAUUUCUAAUUCCUCUUUUACAUCUCUACCUCCGUCCGUCUCUGUCCAAAUGACCACUUUUUUUAUGUGUUUUCUUUAUUUUGUACCAAUGAGCUUUUACCCAAAACUGCCAUUUUAUUAUUAUUUUGUUGUUCAUUCACUGUAUUUUGUGUUUCUGAAAAUGAAGUUAAUCAAAUGUGUGGAUGAUAAAUAUCGUGCUUCUGCAUCCAUCUGUUCAGCGUUGUAAUUCACAUUCUCUCAUAUGCACUGAUGUUAGUAAAGACAAAUGUGUUUUACUGA